AUGAACGUCUCACGGGGUCUGCUGACGGUUCUGAGUCUGGUGUGCCACACGGAGUCCAGAUGCUCACCCACGUCCUAUUAUAAGAACUGCUGGAUUCGACGGUUUCCCGGGAUCUUCAUCGACGUCGGGGAGUCCCAGCGGAGAGGCGCGCAGCUCCUGAAGAGCUACCGGGAGGAGACGGCGCUGACGUGCAGCCGCACCUGCUGCCUCACGAGGAACUUUUCCUGUAAUCUGGCCAUAUUCCACUAUGACACCACUCAAGAGAACUGCUUCCACCUGCACUGCCCAACCCUGGAGAGCUGCAUUCUCAGCCACAGGGGCAACGCUGUUCUGUAUAAUGUCACUAAGGGCGUGGAUCCCGACCUGUUGGUGUUCGGGAAGUACUUCACCUCCAAUGUGCGCGUGUUACCGCUCCACUACAGCCGCGGCAACGCCUCCGAGCCGCUGGCCUCGGACAAACGCCAGUUCAUCCACCCGCCUCCGCUGCCUCCGACUUCAGCACCCACAGUUCAACCCCCCACCACAGCAAGCAGGGUGACCACCACCACCUACACCACCACCACCUCCACCACCACCACGCAGCCGGGCACCAGACGGCCUUCAACGCCGGCCACAACGACAGCUCCCUCAUCUUCCUCUCCGGAGACUCUCCUCGCAUCCGGGUACCACGCACGGACAACAGCCUCCAUCGCUUCUGUUGCACACGGCUGGACUCCGCCUCCUUCGUCCAGCGCAGCAGCAUCCACCCUCAGCUCUGCCUCUUCUGCACAGCCUUCCACUUCCCAUCAUCCUCACACCACCACCUCCUCCUCCUCCUCCUCUCAGCUGGCCACCAGCCCUCCAUCUUCCACAGCGCGUCUGGCCAGCGUAGAGAGCAGCGAGCAAUACCCCAACGCCACCGCGGGCGGCUCGGGGAGGAACCACACCGCGGGCGGCGGCGAAGGCCAAGGAGUCAGCGGCGGAGAGGACGGCCUCGAGGCCCCGGGGCCCGGCUGGCACGCAGCCGCUCACACCUUGCUGGUCGCGGCGGCCGUCUGCGUCAGCCUGCUGCUGAGCUGCUGUUGCUCCGUGCUGCUGGCGGUGAGCUGGAGGGGUCAGAGGAAGAGGAUGGGACGCUACCGGACGUCGUGGAGAGGGAAGAAAGGCUCCAUGCGGCUGGUCAAAUACGUGCUGGUCAGAGAAAACUCCUGAAAAUGUCGAGCCCCGGGGCAGAAAAGAAGAUGGAAGUGACUUUUUUUGUUUUUUUGUUUACAGCAAGGUUGGAAUGAGGGAAUCCAGGGCGACCAGAUUUUAUUGAACAAA